AUGUGGCUAAGGCAGUGGAACACGGUUGGUGACGCCACAGGUGAUAAGUUUGCUGUUGCCAGUAACCAUUUAGAAACAGACACGCGUAUGGUCAGAGUACAGUUACAAGCCAGUGCUGUCACAAGACCAGGAAGCUCGCCAGCAGGUGCAGACGUCACCUCUCGCUCAGCUCUAGACGUCACCUCUCCGUCAGCACUAGACGUCACCUCUCCCUCGGCUCUAGACGUCACCUCUCCUUUAGCUCUAGACGUCAAAUCUCCAUCAGCUCUAGACGCCACCUCUCCCUCAGCUCUAGACGUCACCUCUCCCUCAGCUCUAGACGUCACCUCUCCCUCAGCUCUAGACGUCACCUCUCCCUCAGCUCUAGACGUCACCUCUCCCUCAGCUCUAGACGUCACCUCUCCCUCAGCUCUAGACGUCACCUCUUCUUCAGCUCUAGACGUCACCUCUCCCUCAGCUCUAGACGUCACCUCUCCCUCAGCUCUAGACGUCACCUCUUCUUCAGCUUUACUCUUGUUAUUUGACCCAGACGUCACCUCUCGCUCAGCUCUAGACGUCACCUCUCCGUCAGCACUAGACGUCACCUCUCCCUCGGCUCUAGACGUCACCUCUCCUUUAGCUCUAGACGUCAAAUCUCCAUCAGCUCUAGACGCCACCUCUCCCUCAGCUCUAGACGUCACCUCUCCCUCAGCUCUAGACGUCACCUCUCCCUCAGCUCUAGACGUCACCUCUCCCUCAGCUCUAGACGUCACCUCUCCCUCAGCUCUAGACGUCACCUCUCCCUCAGCUCUAGACGUCACCUCUCCUUUAGCUCUAGACGUCAAAUCUCCAUCAGCUCUAGACGCCACCUCUCCCUCAGCUCUAGACGUCACCUCUCCCUCAGCUCUAGACGUCACCUCUUCUUCAGCUUUACUCUUGUUAUUUGACCCAGCAGUGGACAACAUUGACCACAACCCCAUUGCGACUACGGCCAAAACGUCCUUCCAUGGGACCAGUGUGUCCAUCGUCCAACAUCCAAGCCCUGAGCAGGCUGGUGAGGAACGUGAGCCACUCAUACGGAAUGCAGAUACGAUGGUCAAGAAAGUUCCUGAGCUUACAGAGGCAUUCACCAAUGUCCGACCAGCUUAUAUUAUGAAGAAUCCCAAUCCUCCCUUGGUAGCACCUCAGUCAUUGCCAGAACCUGAGUCAAUCCAGUCACACCUGCAGGAAGAGUAUGCUUGGCUGGAAGAGGUCUUGCUCACUGAGGAUGUGGCAUAUGAAGUCUGCAUCACAUUGGCAGCUCACCAUGCAGCACAGAAGAGGAGUCAGCCAUUUGAAGUGAGCAUUACGUCUCUGCUUCCCCUGCUUCGAGAUCAGGCACACACUGUGGUAACCAUCAAGCAUGUCAUGUAA